AUGGCGAGCAACGCCAUUUGCCCGCCGGGCAGCAACAACCAGUUUGGGCCGCGUAUAAACUUCGGCUGCCGUCAUUUCGACUUUACACUUCUAUUCGAGGAUGCCAUCUUCCAUGUGCUUCCUUCGGCAGUAUUUUUGCUUCUGGUACCGUUCCGGGUUUACUCGCUCUGGCGCGCGCCAGUGAAGUUGGCAACUUACAGGCUUGCGUUGUGGAAAUUGGGUCCAUUGAUCGUGUUGGCGGCACUCCACUUGGCGUUUCUCAUCGUACAAACCAAGACAUCGGCUCUUCGCACAGAUGUAUCCCUUGCAGCAGGAGUCCUCAACUUCAUCGCCGUCCUCGCAGCGACAUUCCACUCCUACCUCGAAGACCAACGCUCCAUUCGCCCAUCGGACCUUCUCAUACUCUACUUCUCUGCCUCUGUAUUUCUCUCCCUACCCCGUCUGAGAACCCUGUGGCUGGUCUCCUCCGGCGGCGCGCCAAAGGUGCUAUGGACAGUCAUCCUCGCCCUCACGACCUUUAUAGUUCCCCUCGAAUCCGUCAGCAAGAGGAAGUUCCUGCGGCCCCCGUACGAAACUCUCACCAAGGAGGAAGAGACAGGCUUCUGGGGCCGCAGCUUUUUCACGUGGCUCCUCCCCUUCUUCCGCUUGGGGUACUCGCGCAUAAUCCAUAUCCGGGACAUUCCGGACGUCGACGCCGACCUCACGGGCGAAGUGGCCGGAGAGAAACUGGAGAGGGCUUGGGCGAGGCGGAAGGGCCGCAAACACCACGCACUGUUCCGGGCGAACUGCGCCGCGUACCGCGGGACCCUCGUCCUCGGCGUCGUCACGCGCCUCUGCCUCACCGCCUUCACCUUCUGCCAACCCUUCCUCAUCACGGCGACCGUAAGGUUCAUGCAGACGCCCAAGACGCCCCAGUCGGAGAGAUACGGCCAGGCGCUGGUCGGCGCGUGCCUGCUCACGUAUCUCGGCCUCGCUGUCUCCCGUGCGGCCUUCUCGAGGCAGCAGUACCGCUUCACGACCAUGAUCCGGGCGGGGCUGACGUCCGUGGUGUUCAGGCAGACCGUCUCGCUGAGGGCGGAUGACCUUAAGGACAACGCGGCCGUGACGCUGAUGGGUACCGACAUCGAGCGCAUCGUGACCACUUUUGUUAAUCUUCAUCAAGUGUGGGCUGCUGUUCUCGAGGUCGGCAUUGCUAUCUUCCUCCUCCAACGCCAGGUAGCGGCGGCAUCGGUCGUCCCCGUCGUUAUUUCAAUCGUCUGCGCUCUCGGCGUCAUCCCUAUCUCCAAGACCAUCGGUAAAGCCCAGACGGUUUGGAUCGAGUGCCUCCAAAAGCGGGUGGCUGUCACGGCUUCCAUGCUUGGUGACAUGAAGGCGAUCAAGAUGCUGGGUCUGCCGGACGUGCUGUCCACCGUCAUCACAGAGCUGCGACGCAUCGAACUGAGCGGCUCAGAAAAGUUUCGGAAGCUGCUCCUUGCCCAAAUACUUGUUUCUAUCUUCCCCAUCGAACUCGCCCCGUUCGCGACGUUUGUCAUCUACAGCAUCAUCGCCGUCACCACCAAGGAACAGACCCUGACAACCACCAGCGCCUUCACGGCUCUGUCUCUCAUCAAUCUUUUGACGGAGCCGCUGCUCAUGUUCUGUCAGGUUGUUCCCAGCAUUGUGCAGGGCCUUGCCUGCUUCAAGCGCAUCGAGGAAUUCUGCCUGAAGGAUUCGGGCGUGAAAUCAGGUGAGAGUGUCCAUUCGGACUCUGCAUUCGACGAUUCUGCCAAAAGCGGCGUAGAGCUUGAGUCUCAAAAUUUGCAGCUCAAAUCGGGAGACGCACUUGUUCUAUUCCAUGGCGCCAAGAUUUCAUGGUCCCCAGACUCUGAUUUGGUCUUCAAGAACCUCACCCUGACCAUCAAACGCGGAACCACCAUGAUCACUGGCCCCGUCGGGAGCGGAAAGUCUUGCCUCCUUGAGAGUAUACUUGGCGAGACAUCAAUUGGCGCUGGAACCAGAACAUUCACGGGCUACAGUGCCGCCUACUGCCCGCAGACGCCUUGGAUGAUGAACAACACCAUCCGGCACAACAUCACCGGCGGCUUAGAGUACGAGCCAAAGUGGCUCGAGCAGGUUCUCUGGUUGUGCUCCCUGACGGAAGACAUUAACAACAUGCCCGAAGGUGACUUGUACAAUGUUGGAACCAACGGAGUCGGGUUGAGUGGAGGCCAGCGACAACGUAUUGCUUUAGCUCGUGCUGUGUACUCCAGACAUCGGGUUCUCAUCCUCGAUGACAUCUUCAGCGGGCUCGACUCGAAGAGCGUCAGCCAGAUUUCGGCUCGCCUUUUCGGCAUUGACGGCCACUUUCACCGGAGUGGCCUCUCGGUGGUGCUGGCCACCCACACUCGUGUUUUACUUCGCCACGCGGACGAAGUGGUCGUCCUUAACGACGGCGAGGUGACAAGCCAGGGCCCAUACAAGCAAGUUCUCACCGAGUCGUCCAGCAUCGUUACCAAAGCAGACACGGAAAGGGAAGACGUCAGCAGCGAAGCAGAUGUAGCAGUCGAUGAGCCAGUGAAGCCCGCGCAUUUGCAAACUUCAUUGGACUCUGAAGAAGGCCGCCUGCGCCAGAACGGAUCCUGGUCCGUUUACAAGUACUACUUCGAGCGUGCUGGGUGGGUUGUAAUUUCACUGUUUAUACUCUCCAGUUUUACGGAAGCGUUCUGCAGCGGUUUCACAACCAUCUGGUUCCAGUGGUGGGUGGAAGCCAACGAGAAACGACCAAACGACAACCUCGGCAAGUACCUCGGGGUUUACGCCCUAUUGUUUACCGUGACGUGUAUUGCGAUGUGCGUCGAAUGUUGGGUGCUCUUCAUCCGCAUCAUCAGCUCAACGGCCCUGGGCCUGCAUGCCGACCUUUUACGAACUAGUCUGAGGGCGCCUUUGAGCUUCUUUCAGUCGACGGACACCGGCUCGAUUACCAAUAGAUUCAGCCAGGAUUUGAACCUCGUUGACACAACCCUGCCUUCGAAUGCUAUCAAUUUCGUGUCGAAUGCCUGCGCAUGCAUUGUCAGGCUAGUCAUACUCUGCGUCAUGGGAAAGUACCUGGCGACUUCGGUUCCUCUGCUCGUAGGAGUGCUCUUCUUCGUCCAGCGAUACUACCUCCGCACAUCCCGCCAAGUGCGUCUCCUCGACAUCGAGGCCAAGGCACCCAUCUACACGCACUUCCUCGAGAGCCUCAAGGGCGUGACCACGAUCCGCGCCUACAAGUGGCAGGGCGGAUUCAAGGACCGCAACACGGCGCUGCUGAACACGUCCCAGAAGCCGCACUACGUGCUCGCAUGCAUCCAGUUGUGGCUGGCCCUCGUGCUGGACCUCGUCGUCGGCGUCCUGGCGCUCAUCAUCGUCGCCAUGGCGACGUCCCUGAUCGACACCUUCUCCCCAGGGGCGGUGGGCGUCUCAAUGGUGCUGGUGCUGGGGUUCAACACCAGCCUGGCGAUGACGAUCAAGAACUGGACCGCGCUGGAGACUUCCAUCGGGGCCGUGGCCAGGGUGAGGGAGUUUGCGGAGACGACGCCGUCAGAGGUGCGAGAUCUCGGCGAUGGCGGCGUUCCCCCGUCCGGGUGGCCGCUAAGGGGCGGCAUCACGUUCGAGAACACCACCGCCAGGUACACGGAAGACGGUGAGGCCACUCUCAAGGGCCUAUCCCUCUCCAUCUCCCCGGGCCAAAAGGUUGCCGUGUGCGGGCCGUCCGGUAGCGGCAAAACGUCCCUCGUCCUCUCCCUGCUGCAGAUGAUCGAGGUGACGGACGGCAGGGUGCUCGUCGACAACGUCGACCUCGCCGGCCUGGGAAGGGCGGAAGUGCGCUCGCGAAUCAAUGUCAUCCCGCAGGAGCCCUUCUUCAUGCCGGGCACCGUCCGCUUCAACCUAGACCCCCACUCCCGCACGAGUGACGAAGAUCUUGGGGCGGCGCUGGACAAGGUCGGCCUCCUGGGGAAGAUCGGCACGGCGGGCGGGCUGGACGCAGACCUGGACGCCGACGGCUUCUCGGUGGGCGAAAGGCAGCUGCUGGCUCUGACGAGAGCUUUGAUUUCCAAGAGUCAGAUCCUGGUUCUGGACGAAGCUACAAGCAGCGUUGAUCAGGAUACGGAGGCCAAGAUGCAGAGCAUCAUCGAGAGCGAGUUCUCCCAGCAGACUGUCAUCGCCGUUAUCCAUAGGCUGAGGUACAUUGAGCAGUAUGACAAGGUGCUGCUCCUUAAGCGAGGGGAGGUAGUGAGGUGGGGUUCGCCAAAAGAACUUCUCGAGAUGGACACGGAGUUCAGGGAGUUUGCGGAGGCUAUGCAGAUUUCGCACUGA